AUGUCUGAAACACUCCGAGUAAAAAUAGAGAUCAAAUUUUCUAGAUUGACAUUUUCCUUCAAAUCAUGGCGCGUAAAUUGACAAAUCUGUCAGAUUUCAUGCCUGAAAAAAAUUUAUCAUUCUCCGAGGCAGCACGACGGCAUCUUAGAAGUUUGGUAAGAGCCUAUCCGCACUAGCGACAAAAUUGUUUAUUUAGAGAAAUUUUCUGUCAUCACCAACACUUUACAAGUGCGGAUGGUUUGUCGCGACUUGACAAAUUUACUCGAGCCAAUUUUUCGAACGCACCGCCGACAAAGAACCUUGGCAAAAUCGACUGAAUAAAAAAACCCGUGAUAAACUUAUCGACCUUUUGUCGUGAACGCCACCACCAGUGUGGUGAUUGAACUGAGUUUAGUUUACCAAAAGAUUGCAGUAACUGUCUUUCGUUGCGUGAUUCGCAGAUUUUACAACUUCAAACAACUUCAAACAAGAUGAAUCCUGGUAAUUAGAGUUUGAAUCCAUCAGCAAAUAUAUGAGCAGGUCAGGCGCUGGAUGCAGCCGGGGCAAGAUAAAACGGUGGAGUGAUUUUCCAGCCGCCACUUUAUCAGUCUAACAACGAAGCAGCGGAUGUGGCACAAGAUUCAGAAGUGCCCGCUCAAAGCAAAGGGGAAGGAAAAGCUAAAUUGAUUAAAAUUACAGUGAAAAAUAGUAUCGGUGUUAAUUUUGGCCGUUAACCGAAUUUGACAGAUUUAACAGCUUCGACAUUUUUAGUGCGGAUGCAACAGAGGAGACAAAAACUUGGUAAGACAAAAUUUGUCCUUUGAUUUUGUCGAAACAAUUCUGUUUUGUCUGCUAGUGCGGAAAGGCCCUAAGCUUUGACAAAAUUUGGUAGAUCUAAAAAUCGCCGGGCGCAGUUGUCUCAGGGAACUGGUGACAGAUUUGUUCGCAAAAUAAACAAAAAUUUGCCUAGUGUGUAGGGCCCUGUGUCUAUCAUAUCAUUGGCUUAGACACCUACCUUUUAUUCACGGUGUUACUAGGCUGCUAAUUAACUUUUUGAAGACUACCCGUCUUACGCCUGAUGUUUCGGAAGAUUACAACUCCAACAUAUGUUCUCACUCGUGCCUGACUUCAGCACGAGUUGCCACUGGCGGGAAGGUGGUUUUAGCCUUGUCGCACCAUAGCUGAGACAGAUCGGCGUAUUCAGUGUUUCUAUUUUAUGGCUGUCAUACCGUCAUAGAUACUGUUAACCCGCAGUGGACUUCACAAGAAACAUAUGUAAACAUCCAUAUGGCUGCAUUGAACCAGAACAGCAGCGAACCUUUUACGGGUGGCUUUAAGUAUAACUGCGAAACAACACAGGAGGCGAUUUUCUUGGUACUCUACGCAGUUGUAGGGCUCGUCAUGUUUUUUGGGAACAGUUUCGUUUGCGUGGUUUUCUUAGCAUCCAGGAAACUUCGCCACAGUUUUAUGAAUAUUUUUCUUUUAAGCUUGUCAGCCUCCGACGUCCUGAUGGCUGCUUUUGUCAUUCCCUUUUACACCGUCCACUGUUUCCGAGACUGUCCUCAUUCCUUGACCACUUACUGUUGGCUUUUAAGAAAGGCUCGAGACUUCGUACUGGCGGCGACUACACUCAACAUUUGCGCAAUUACUUACGAUCGUUUCCUCGCCAUUCUCCGUCCGUUGCAAUAUGGCGCCAAAAUGACCAGACUGCGAGUGGGGGUAAUUUUAACAGCCGUGUGGUUGAUUCCCUCAGUGGUAGCUGCAACACGAAAUGCAUGGAAUCAGAGAACUGACAACGACGUACAGCGCCACCUUAAAGUCAAGUUGUAUGACAUAUUUGUCGUUAUAAUCCCAGUGCUUCUGUUUCAGAUUGGAAUUGUGACUGUAAAUAUUCAGAUUAUUCAUAAAAUUCACAGACACGAACAAGCUGCCAAGAUGUGCGCCGCUUCGCAUUCACCAGAUCAACAUAAAAGUGACCUAAGAGAAAUUUCCCGUUUGAAGAAGGGAACAACAUCGUGCGUUAUUGUUGUAAUGACGUUUGUAGUAUGUUGGUUGCCAAAAACUGUGCACAAUUUUAGCUAUAUUGUGGACCCUCCAGAUCCUAUUCUAUCGAGUCCCUUAUUUUUCAGAAUUUGUUUCACCUUUUUAUUUAUACAAUCAUCUUUCAACCCAUUUAUUUACACUGUUUAUAAAGCCCAAUUUAGAAAAGCUGCCGGGGACAUUAUCGCAAAAUUUUAUCCCGGCCCCAAGCAGCCGAAAAUUCAUUUAUAUCUCUAAUUGGAGACUUCUAUUGUCUAUAGUGUCUGUUUUAUUUCACCAUUUGUGCAUAAUACAAUUAGAAGAAUGCCAACGGCUUUUUUGCAACGAGAUAUUGCGUGUGUUAGACACGCCAUCGUGUUGCACGAUGUAUACACAGUAGAGAAAGUGUAUAGUUUUUCUAAAACAACGAGUCCUUUAACUUGACUUAACGUUUUAUCAUUUUAGGAAUUAAGAGGCCUGUUUUUAACUGUGAA